AUGUCGCUCACUGAGUUCCAUUUCUUCUCUUUACUUCCUCUAGAGCUCCGCCAAGAGAUCUACAGCUUGGCCACGCCACCCCGCUUUGUCCACGUCCUCCGAUCUACUGAGCAAGAUUAUGAUGAAUUCGCAGAGCGUAUACGUACAACACCAAACGCCAUCCGAUUAGACGAGUCUCUCACCCACUUCUCAUUUAAUUGGCGAUCUCAAAUUCCGUCUCAGACCAAGCAGUCAACACUUGAGCGCUACGGCUUUUCGACUACCAAGUCGCAGUAUCAGCCUUGGGACGUGACAAAGCUCGCACCUCGAAUCAGUCUUGACUGGCUAAGUGAGAACCCUGGUUAUGCUUGGGAACUGUGUAGGGAAGUUGAAUUGUUUAGCACUGCUCCGAUUCCUGCACUCCUACAUACAUGCCGUGAAUCUCGAGACGCUUUGAUCAAGAGAGGCUAUCAGCUUGCCUUUCGCUCACGGUCUCACGGUCCUCAAACAUGGUUCAAUUUUGAUACAGAUGUCCUAUUCAUCUCUCGCGGGGACGAUUGGGGUACCAGUCAUCGGGUUCUAAGUGGCUGUGCGUGGGAUAUCGGCCAAUUCCAUCCUAUCGACAUGCAAAGGGUCAAAAGAGUCGCCUUGGAAGAGUCCACAGGAUCGCUUUAUUUGGCCCAUCCUAGUUUUUCCGAGGCAAAUUACACGCUCGCUGAUCUUUCAUCUGUAUUACGCCUCUUUCGGCACCUUGAGGAGCUACUGUUGGUGGAAUGGUCAGAUCCCUAUAUGGACGAAAUCCGCCCACUGAAAACGACAAUCGCCAGGGGGACGAAACGACACAACUACGACACCGAAUUUAUCUGGAGCUACCAACCCGUUAGUGAAGUUGAUGCUCUUUUGCAAAUGUUUCCGCCCGAGGACUAUAUGAGCACCUUGGCGGUAACAUGCAUCGGACCAUAUGGCGAACUUUUCAAGAAUCACAAACAACUCCAGAGGAAUGAAUUCUUCGAUAUAAUCCAGGCCUCUCUACGGAAGAAACUUGCCGAAAACCGAAACAGAGUGGUUUCAAGACACAAGCCAGAUGUCGAAGAAUGGUGGGAGAUACCGAAAGUCACCGCGGUGCAUGUCAUGUCAAACUGGGGACACGAAAUUCUUGGUCGGGAACGAGAGGGUGCCCUGGGUCGGGUUUAUGAACUUCGAAAGAAGUGGCUGGCCGAUGAAAAGCGACGCUCCAAGCCUCUGAUGGAGAGAGAAGGGGAUGACUUUGAAGCGGAUGAAGAGGCAUAUAACCUCGCUUUAGAGGAAGAGGAUCCAUACGAGGCGCAGCGGACGUGGUGGAUCCGGCAAGGGAUAAUCCCUUUUCUUGAUGAGUGA